GGUCGUGCCUGCCUCUUCUGCCCUACUCGGUAGGCGGCGCUGCGGCUCGCAGGGGCUGCGGCGGAGUCGUCCAGAGCUGGCAGCUCCACGCCCCUGCCCCAGCCCUUGGCGGGGCACCGGGCGGGCCGAGGAUUCCGCGGCCGAGCGGCGGCGGCUGCGUUCACCGGGUGGCGGAGACAGCGGCGCGGGCCCGGGCACGGGCUCGGGCUCCGGCAUGGUGCAAUCCGGCCUCGUCCCGGGAGAGCAGGACCCGCGCGCAGAGCCGGCGCCCGGGGAGCAGCGGUGGUGGCGGUGGUUGCAGGCGCAAGCAGGCAGCAGGUGCUAGAAGCCGGGCUGGGCGAGGUGUGUACCCGCCGGGCUCCCGGGCCGCCGCCCCCUCGCCGCCUGGGUCUUUUCCUGUCCUCGUGCUCCCCAGAGCGUCCAGCCCCCUACCUCCGCGCCCCGGCCCAUGGCGACCCGCGUCUGAACCGCGCCAUCAGGGACCCCUCCCGCGGGCCUCCCGGGGCGCGCAGCUCCCGGAGCCGCCCGCCCAGCCUCCGCGGAGCCUCCCUCCCGUCCUCGCCCGAGCCGGGCGGGACCAUGGCCGCGAAGCUACGAGCGCAUCAGGUGGACGUGGACCCAGACUUCGCGCCGCAGAGCCGGCCACGCUCCUGUACCUGGCCACUGCCGCAGCCCGACUUGGCCGGCGACGAGGACGGAGCGCUGGGCGCAGGGGUGGCGGAGGGCGCUGAGGACUGCGGGCCGGAGCGCCGGGUUACGGCCCCGGCGAUGGCCCCCGCGCCGCCGUUGGGCGCGGAGGUCGGACCGCUGCGGAAAGCCAAGAGCUCCCGGCGGAACGCUUGGGGGAACCUGUCUUACGCCGACCUCAUCACCAAAGCCAUCGAGAGCGCCCCGGACAAGCGGCUCACGCUCUCGCAGAUCUACGACUGGAUGGUCCGCUACGUGCCCUACUUCAAGGAUAAAGGCGACAGCAAUAGCUCGGCCGGCUGGAAGAACUCCAUCCGGCACAACCUGUCACUGCACACUCGCUUCAUCCGCGUGCAGAACGAGGGCACUGGCAAGAGUUCCUGGUGGAUGCUGAACCCUGAGGGUGGAAAGACGGGCAAGACCCCGCGGCGCAGGGCUGUGUCCAUGGACAAUGGGGCCAAGUUCCUGCGCAUCAAGGGCAAGGCAAGCAAGAAGAAGCAGCUGCAGGCACCGGAGCGAAGCCCCGACGACAGCCCUCCGGGCGCGCCGGCCCCAGGGUCCCUGCCUGCCGCGGCCAAGUGGACCGCCAGCCCAGCCUCGCACGCCAGCGACGACUACGAGGCGUGGGCCGACUUCCGCGGCGGCGGGAGACCACUGCUCGGGGAGGCAGCCGAAUUGGAGGACGACGAGGCCCUGGAGGCUUUGGCACCGUCUUCGCCACUCAUGUACCCGAGUCCCGCGAGCGCACUGUCGCCUGCGCUGGGCGCGCGCUGCCCCGGGGAGCUACCCCGACUGGCCGAGCUGGGAAGCGCGCUAGGCCUGCACGGCGGCGGAGCAGGGCUGCCCGAGGCGCUGCUGGACGGCGCCCAGGACGCUUACGGGCCGCGGGCCCGCGCCGGGACGCCGGCCUACUUCGGGAGCUGCAAGGGUGGCCCCUACGGCGGAGGCGGGGGCUUCGGACCUCCGGCCUUGGGUGCGCUGCGCCGCCUGCCCAUGCAGACCAUCCAGGAGAACAAGCAGGCCAGCUUUGCGCAGGCCGCCGCGCCCUUCCGCCCGGGGGCGCUGCCCGCGCUGCUGGACGCGCUGCCCGGGCCUUACGCCGCCGCCGGGCCGCUGGGUGCCGCGCCCGACCGCUUCCCCGCGGACCUGGACCUAGACAUGUUCAGCGGGAGCCUUGAGUGCGACGUCGAGUCCAUCAUCCUCAAUGACUUCAUGGACAGCGACGAAAUGGACUUCAACUUCGACUCAGCCCUGCCUCCGCCGCCGCCCGGCCUGGCCGGGGCCCCGCCUCCUAACCAGAGCUGGGUGCCGGGUUGAGGGCUGCCACCUGCGGCCCGGGUACCUGGGUCCCGUCCCCAAGGGGCCUCUGUCUUCCCACCCUGAUCCCCGGGUCCCCAUCCCCGAUCCAGUCCGCGGGAGGAUCCCGGAGGCAGCCCCAGCCGUCCCUCAGAAGUUGACAACAGCGGGGCGUGGGAGGGUGGGACUGGGGCGCCCCCGUUCCUGCCGGACUCCUGAGCCUUGCGUCUCCUCCCUGGGCGGGAAGCCUGGGAAAGGCGACUGAAAUCCGGGCCGGGUCAGAGUGGGUAAGAGCGAGGGGGCCGUCUGGGUGUGGAUGCUGAUCACGGAGCCAACUAGGAGAUGGGGCAAGGGGCGUUUCUGAAUCUUCACUUUGAUUUGCGCAGCCUUUGUGGUGACGGGGACGUGUAGCCAAUCCCAAACUGUGAUCCCCAACAAACACCUUUCCGCACCGAUCUUAGUCUCGCUGCCCAAAGCCACCAACCCUCCGAAAACUCACAUCUGUUGGCCAUCCACCCGGAGCAGUCCAGCCCUGCCCCGACCUCCUCUGGCGACCCUCACCCCCACGGUUCAGCCUCCCUCCCAGCCUAGCCGGCCCUAGCGUCCCCUUCCCGGGUCAAGCAGUCCCAUCACAGCCCCAGUGGUGAACUCAGCCUCUCCAGGGGGCUUCAGCUCCGGAUCCCCCCAGUUCAACACCCCUUUCCGUGCCAGUGCUGGCCCCUCUCUCCCAUAUUUAUAAGUGUCCGGUCGGGGCGGGCGGUGGGCGUGGCGUCCCCGGCGCGUAUUGUAGGCAGUGUACCGUGGCCGUGCAGUCAGCGUGUGCGUGUGCGUGUGUGCCGUGUCGAGGCCGUGUAGAGUGCAUUGUACAGCAUAUUUUCAUGAAUAAAAUUGUUUUAAA